AUCUAGUAAUAUUUGAAACGUGGUAAGACUGACUAUUUUUUUAGACUGUCAAAAUAACUUUGGGCGAUUGUUACAAGAUUUUAUAAGAGUAAUCGGCUUUUUACAAGUUUGUUUAGAACAAUUCAAAAUGGUUGUUAGACAGUAUCAGGAAGAACUUAAAUAUUUAGAAAAAAUUAAUGAAUGGUCUUGGAGAAUUAAAAAAGGUUUUCAACCAAAUAUGAAGGUUGAAGGCAUAUUUUAUGUCAACAAUACAUUAGAACGUCUAAUGUUUGAAGAAUUACGAAAUGCAUGUAGGCCAGGAACAGUUGGAGGUUUCCUACCUGGUAUGAAGCAAAUUGCUAAUGUUGCUGCUUUACCUGGAAUUGUAGGAAGAUCAGUUGGAUUGCCUGAUGUUCAUUCCGGAUAUGGUUUUGCCAUUGGUAAUAUGGCAGCAUUUGAUUUAAAUGAUCCAAAGUCUAUAGUAUCACCUGGUGGAGUAGGAUUUGAUAUAAAUUGUGGCGUUCGUUUGUUAAGAACAAAUUUAUUUGAACAUGAAAUUCUACCUAUUAAGGAACAACUUGCACAAAGUAUGUUUGACCAUAUCCCAGUAGGAGUUGGAUCUAAAGGAAUCAUACCAAUGAAUGCAAGAGAUUUAGAAGAGGCAUUGGAGAUGGGUAUGGAUUGGUCUUUGAGAGAAGGUUAUAUCUGGGCAGAAGAUAAAGAACAUUGUGAAGAAUAUGGUCGAAUGUUAAAUGCUGAUCCUUCGAAAGUAUCAUUAAGAGCAAAAAAACGUGGUCUUCCUCAGUUAGGUACAUUAGGCGCAGGAAACCAUUAUGCUGAGAUUCAAGUUGUAGAUGAAAUUUACGAUAAAUGGGCUGCAUGUAAGAUGGGUAUCGAAGAAAAGGGCCAAAUUUGUGUUAUGAUUCAUUCUGGAAGCAGAGGCUUUGGACAUCAAGUUGCCACAGAUGCACUUGUACAAAUGGAAAAAGCUAUGAAAAGGGAUAAUAUCGAAACAAAUGAUAGACAACUUGCUUGUGCUCAUAUUAAAUCUCAGGAGGGUCAAGAUUAUUUAAAAGCUAUGUCAGCUGCUGCUAAUUUUGCAUGGGUUAAUCGAAGUUCUAUGACAUUUCUCACACGACAGGCAUUUGCAAAACAAUUUCGCCUUUCUCCAGAUGACUUGGAUAUGCAUGUUAUUUAUGAUGUAUCGCAUAAUGUUGCUAAAAUAGAAGAACAUAUGGUUGAUGGCAAACAAAAAACACUUUUAAUUCAUAGAAAGGGAUCAACCAGGGCUUUUCCACCUCAUCAUCCAUUGAUUCCUGUAGAUUAUCAAUUAACUGGUCAACCAGUUUUAAUUGGUGGUACAAUGGGAACAUGUAGUUAUGUUCUUACCGGAACUGAACAAGGAAUGCAAGAAACUUUUGGAUCUACGUGCCAUGGAGCUGGUCGUGCCUUGUCUAGAGCAAAAUCACGAAGAAAUUUGGAUUAUAAAGAUGUAUUAAACAAAUUAGAAAGUUUAGGAAUAUCUAUUAGAGUUGCUUCACCAAAAUUAGUUAUGGAAGAAGCUCCAGAAUCAUAUAAGAAUGUAACGGAUGUUGUAAAUACAUGUCAUUCAGCUGGUAUUUCUAAAAAAUGUAUUAAACUGAGGCCAAUAGCAGUUAUUAAAGGAUAAUUUACAUAAAAUGUAUAUUAAUAUAUAGCUUUUAUAUCUAAUGUAAAUUAUAUGCCAUAGAGUUCUCCAUUAGAUAUUCAAUGAUCGAUGAUAUUAAAGAAUAUAAUAUUACAUGAAUUUACUUAAA